AUGGGCGAAAGCAUUAAGCAAUGCGUAGCCUGCUUGGUAAAGGCUUUUGUCCUGGACUACUGGUCGAAUGCUCGGGAAAAUGGAAACAAUCCUUCUAUGAAUUUUCCCCACACACGUCCUAGCGUCAAAGCGUUGAACGCCAUGGCUAGACGCUGGUCCACUGAGCCCCCCAGCUCCUCUGGACUCACUAAAGCGCAGGGAGAAUCAGAGAAUGCUUUCAUGAAUCGAAAGCUUAAGAAAGAAAGCGCCAGUGACCGCAAUGGGCGCAGGAGAAAUGCUGCUGGCCAGCAAGAUUCCGAUGAGUUCUUGAUGAGGUUGCUAAAUGCGUGUAAAGACAGUAUCGAUCCUGGUAAUCACCAACGACUGGACGAGUUCAACUACCUCUUCACUCUGACCCGGCAUGAAGAAAUGCGGUGUACACAUGGCAGUUGUACACACCUCCACUCCAUCGACGACUACGACAUCACCAAAGACCUUGGCUUCUCAAACGUCAUGAUUGCAAAGAAUGGGCAUAAUCAUCCUGAUCUGCAGACUGCCCUGGCAGGCUCGACAUGGCUGGAUAUCGAAGAUAUGCCGGUAACAUGCGGAGCCUGCAAUCAUACGGGAGAUGUCAAGAAGUUCAAAACGAUCGAAGCCGCACCCGAGUACCUUCGCAUUAACCUGGAACUGAACUCUUUUGACAAAGAUGGGGAACAAGUAUUCGACAAGGACGACCAAAGCCUGCCGAUCAAGAAUACGCAUCCCAUCAUCAUCCCCAACGAGCUCGAUCUCACUGCACACGUUAGUCCACCGUCUUCACAGCUCCGGUACAAGUUCAUCGGCAAGAUCAUUCACUCCGGUAACCUCACACGAGCGGGUCAUUAUACCGCAUGUGUGACAACCUGUCCUCGAAAAGGCAGACAGAAGAAGGACAGUCCACCGCCAAUAAAACACUACUUCAUCAAUGACGAUCACCAUCUCUUCCCUUUUCCAGGAACCGACAUACACCCGCUCACUCAUAAUCCAGAGACCCAAGGUGGCACCGAUUUUGAGGCCUCGACUCUGAUAUACGAAAGAUUACCCAACAGACCAGGGCCAGUUGCUGAGCUGUACGAGCCACCUGAGAGAAUUGGCGUUGUCGGGAUCGUAUGGAGGAAGGGGAAGAAGGAAGGGAAUCAGGGUGAGAAGAGAAAGAGUGAUGAGAUAGAAGAUGAGAAAGUCGAGGAGAAAAAUACCAAGGAGACAGAUGAAAGUAAGGGCAAGAAGGAGGCAUCAGAUGUGCAAAGCCAGGAGCAGAAACCGAAGAAACGGUCAAAGACUUUCGAAUCUACUGAUCAAAGCUCUUGGGAUACCCUCCGUCAGGCUUACAAACUGACAGAGAUGCCCGGACCUCUGGACCAGCGCAUUUGGACUGCCUAUAGUCAGCUUGAUAGUUUGUCAAAGACCCACUCCUAG